AUGGCUGAAGAAGUUGAAGAAGCACGGGAAGUUUGGCGAAAUUUGGAAACACUAGCUGAACCAGUUCCACUCGAGGAAAUUGUCCGGGACGGGAAAUGGGACGAAAUGAAUUACAUACCACUCACAUUUCAAGAAGCUUGCAGACAGGCCGAGCCAUCUCAGCUUCGUCAUGCAGGAUUCAUGGAUGCACUGAGCACUUUAAAAAGAAUCUUGGAGCUAUCGCGUUUGGAUAAAGCCGUUGAAAGUGUUUGGAAUUUAUGUGUGCAAUUGUCAAAUGGAUGGAUACCGCCCGAUCCCCUUAUUUUGGGAGCUGUUUCUCAGGCAGCCUCAGCUUAUGAA